AUGAGGCCCAUUUUGAUGAAAGGCCACGAGAGGCCAUUAACAUUUCUCAAGUACAACAGGGACGGUGAUCUUCUCUUUUCCUGUGCUAAAGAUCACAACCCCACUGUAUGGUAUGCUGACAACGGUGAACGUCUGGGCACUUAUCGAGGCCAUAAUGGUGCCGUUUGGUGCUGCGACGUCUCUAGAGAUUCGGGCCGACUCAUUACAGGCAGUGCUGACCAGACGGCAAAACUAUGGAAUGUGCAAACUGGUCAGCAAUUGUUCACAUUCAAUUUUGAUUCCCCUGCAAGGUCUGUUGACUUUUCUGUCGGCGAUAAGCUUGCAGUUAUCACCACUGACCCAUUCAUGGAGCUGACUUCAGCAAUCCAUGUCAAACGCAUUGCUAAAGAUCCCGCAGACCAGACCGGGGAAUCUUUGCUUGUCAUUAAGGGCCCUCAGGGAAGAAUCAAUAGAGCCAUAUGGGGGCCCCUCAACAGAACCAUUAUCAGUGCCGGAGAAGACUCUGUCAUUCGAAUUUGGGAUUCUGAGACCGGAAAACUACUUAAGGAGUCGGACAAGGAAUCUGGCCACAAAAAGACAAUAUCAUCACUCGCCAAAUCUGCUGAUGGUACACAUUUUAUAACUGGCUCCCUUGAUAAGUCUGCUAAGAUUUGGGAUAGCAGAACACUGUCUCUAAUCAAGACAUAUGUAACAGAACGUCCUGUCAAUGCAGUUGCGAUGUCACCUCUUCUUAAUCAUGUGGUACUUGGAGGUGGUCAGGAUGCAUCAGCUGUUACAACUACUGAUCAUCGUGCUGGCAAAUUUGAAGCCAAGUUCUAUGAUAAGAUUCUUCAAGAAGAAAUUGGGGGCGUCAAAGGGCAUUUUGGACCGAUCAAUGCUCUUGCCUUUAACCCUGACGGAAAAAGUUUUUCAAGUGGAGGUGAAGAUGGAUACGUACGUUUGCAUCAUUUUGACGCAGAUUAUUUCAAUAUCAAAAUUUAG